UUGCAAGCAGGCCUCCCGCUGGCUGGGAAAAGGGAGAGGUUUCACAGAUGGAAGAUUCUUAACCCAUCUCAGGAAGAAAAUGAAAUGCCCUGCUCGAAAUCGCCAUGUCCUGUCACUUUUCGAUACAAAGUCUCCUCUAUUGAUCACACAACAAAAGUAAAGAGGGGACAAAAAAUGGAGAACAAGGAAGAUAAAAUCGUGGCAGAAAACGGAGUCUCUGAGAUCCCUAGAACAGACGGCUCCGUUUGUGGGUUUGAUUCCUUGCACCGGCUCCUCCAAUCUUCACUUUCUCCCCAGCUUUUUCAGGAAGUUAGUCGAAUACUUAUUGGUCUAAAUUGUGGAAGUCCACUUGAUACUAUUGAUGUUCCUGAGCCUGCGAAAUCUCUCUCUGCAAAGCAUGAUUUUGAUCUACAGGCAUUUUCAUUUCGUGCUGAAAAGGAGUCACUGAGGGAACCCCGAAUUGUGCGUGUGGGGUUAAUUCAAAACUCUAUUGCUGUCCCCACAACAGCACCACUAUUGGAUCAGAAAAGAGGAAUCUUCCAGAAAUUGACGCCUAUCAUUGAAGCAGCUGGCUCGUCUGGAGUGAACAUAUUGUGCUUGCAGGAGGCAUGGAUUAUGCCGUUUGCAUUUUGCACCCGCGAGAAGAAGUGGUGUGAAUUUGCAGAGCCAGUGGAUGGAGAGUCGAGUCAAUUUCUUCAGGAGUUUGCCCGAAAAUACAACAUGGUUAUAAUAAGCCCGAUUCUUGAAAGGGAUGAGAAGCACGGGGAAGUCGUGUGGAAUACUGCUGUUAUAAUUGGAAAUCACGGAAACAUAAUCGGAAAGCAUAGGAAGAAUCAUAUUCCCAGAGUUGGGGAUUUCAAUGAAAGUACAUACUAUAUGGAAGGGAACACUAGGCAUCCCGUGUUCGAAACGGCUUUUGGGAAGAUUGCAGUCAAUAUAUGUUAUGGAAGGCAUCAUCCUCUAAACUGGAUGGCUUUUGGCUUGAAUGGCGCUGAGAUUAUUUUCAACCCUUCAGCAACCGUUGGUGAACUAAGUGAACCAAUGUGGCCCGUUGAGGCGCGUAAUGCGGCAAUAGCAAAUAGUUACUUUGUGUGCUCGAUCAAUCGUGUGGGGACUGAAAGCUUCCCGAACGCGUUCACAUCUGGAGAUGGGAAACCUCAGCACAGAGAUUUUGGGCAUUUUUACGGCUCGAGUUAUGUAUCUGCACCUGACUCCUCAUGCACGCCAUCUUUGGCCCGUCACAAAAACGGGCUUCUGAUUUCGGACAUGGAUCUUAACCUCUGCCGGCAGAUUAAGGACAAGUGGGGGUUUCGUAUGACUUCAAGGUACGAGGUUUAUGCGGAUUUGCUCGACCGUUAUGUGAAGCACGAUUUCGAACCUCAAGUUGUAAGUGACCCAUUGUUAAGUAAGAGAAGCUUGUAGCUUAUUUAUUAGGGCAUUGCAAGCUUUUCUUUGUGUUGGUUUUGUGGGAAUGUGAAUAGUUCAGUUUUAGUUGAGGCUUUGAAUAAAUUCUGGUUGUAAUUUGGAAGUAUGUUUUGCUGGAUGAAUGUGAUGCCUUAACUAUGUGCUGGUAUUGGAUGACUUGUUGUGGUUAAUCACUUUUAUGAGUUUUAUUUGGAACUGCUUAUUUUCUCAAGUUGCAUCAGGC